CUUGGCGCCGAUGUUUCCUAUCAUGCAGCUGAUAAAGAACCCCUCUAUGGAGGUGAUGAAUUUCCUCUUCUUCCGGUGGACACCAUUCCUCCAACAGAUAUAAUGCUAGCAGAAAUCGGCAAAGAUGUGACUAAGAAAACUUUACUUAUCUAUGGUCACGUCGAUGUUUGCUCUACAGAUGACGGCGAAUCUUGGAACUCAGAUCCUUUUACGAUGAGCAUACGAGAUGGUGAUCUAGUUGGCAGGGGUACAAUUGAUGCCAAGGGCCCAAUACUUGGUUGGUACAACGUCGUAGAGACGCUCUGUGUACGUAAUUAUUUUUUAUGA